GGUUGAUCCACAAGUGUUCCUUCCCCUGGACUCAGAGCCACCAGUGGCAAUGUUGGGCUCAGAGCCACUGUUUUAGCCAUGGCCGUUGCCGGUGUGAUGCUGUUCUCUUUGGUUUUGCUGGCUGCGGGAGAAACGAAGCCAACGUCCGUGGAAUGGAACAAGUGGAUAGAUCGCUUGGGUACCUGCCUGGUGACUUGCUUGGUUCUGAUGGUUUGGCGCUGGUGCUCCCAAAAGCCCAAAGAGGAACCAAAGGAGAUGCACUUGCCAGCAGUCGAGGAAGUUGGGGCAGGCUGGUUGAUGCAGGAUCUCGAGAAAUUCGAACAGCUCACGAAGCAGCAGAUCCGAAGCGUCAACCCCAGGUUUGAAGCAAGUCUGGAUGAAGCCCGGGCCUUUGUGCGGGUGUUGUGUAUGGGCAUGGGCACUUUUGAUUGCUCCUCCCGAGUGGUGCAACCUCAAGCACAAGGCAAUGUUGGCAAUGCGAUGACUCCAGUUUUGGUGGUGAAGAAUUGUAAGCUUUUUGGGGACUUUGCGACUCGCUCUCGGAUCCCCUUCAACGUGGUGAGCGAUGAUGAAGUGGCUUUCCAGGUGCAGAGCAGCCCACCUACAGGGGACUGUCCAUUCCGUUGCAAAUGCCACGCGCCUUGCUUUGGCCCUGCGAGCCGCAGUACCCAGGAUGGCCAGCCUCUGGGCGGCGCCUGGGCCCAAGUGGUCUUGGAGGCCGACGGCCAGCUGCUGUCGCUGGACGCAGCACCACAGGUUUUUGCGCAGGAGGUGAGCUUGGCUCAGUUCCGAGGGAAGCCCGUUGUGCUUGUUCCGAAGAAUGACGUCUCUUCCGUGAAGCUGCGUGGUGCGGUGGCCGUGCUCUCAGAGAAGCACAAGCCGGGGACCAUGUCGGAUGGAGCGCUGCUACGGGGAGCCUACCAAGCGGGGGCAGAGGCGGUGAUCAAGAUCGGUGGUGGAGGUGCAAUGCUCUACUGCGUGCCUGAUCCUUCAGAAAUCCCUUGCUUUGCCAUCUCUGAAGACGAUGGCAAAAAGUUGUGCUCCGCCCUGGAGGCUGGCGGCCGUGUCACUGUGAAGGAGCUCAUAGUGCACGACCGACGUGAGAAAUUGCAAGCUGAGAGGUGGAAAUGUGGUAAUGUUUGGCUGCAUGUUUCAGGUCUGUACUUGCAGUCAGUGGACUGGGAUGGGCCCCUCUGGGAAGUGGCUCAGGAGGCCCGGGCUGCGCAAGAGGCGCUCAUCUAUGAGGACUACUUUGAAGCCUACCAGGACACAAGGGAGGUGGAUCCACGCUUGGGGCUGGAACGCAGCAAGUUGCGACGCAUGAUGGAGUCGGCCUGGUCCCAAUUAGGUCGCAUCGGCUUGACCAAGAACGCCUCAAUGAUCGGCAAGUUGUUGGCCCUUGGGGCCCAACGCUGUAAGUUGAAGGUGAACUACCUAAAGUUCCACCCAGCUGAGACCUUCACAGGAACAGCGUGCGCGAUGCUUUUAUCACCUCACAAGCCAGGUUUCAAGCAAAAGCCGGCAUCCGAUAGCCUGGUCCAGGCAUGGGUGGCGCACGAGGCCGUCUAUUUGGCGCUCAUGGGGCACUUCACCAAGUUGAUCGAUUAUAUGGCUCCGUCCUUGUGGAAUCUCAUCAAGUGUAUGAAUGGCGAGUUCUUUGGAUGGGAGGCGGAUGCCAGCAAGAUCCGCAAACUCUUCACCGCAUGCACUGGGCCAUUUGGCCCAGUACCUCGUGAACUUUGGCAGCAACGAGAUCCCACCUGGCGCAUCACGGAUGAACGGAAUGCUGUGUGCAUGGUGGUGCGCACCCAAGGACGCUUGCUGUGGAGCAAAGAUGCCACCGCCGCGCCUAUGCGCACCGUGCUGCCAAAACGCUCGGGGCCAUCAGGACCAACGCGUCCAAUGCUGGAUUUUAUGAGCCGCAUGGCUCAGAAGCUUUGCUGCACCCUGUGAACUGUGAACAAUGCAGUCGGAGGAUUUGUCUCACCCACACCAGCUGC